UUUAGGAGAUUCCAGGAGAGGAGUUCAGAGAGGAGAGCUGUUCCGCACUUUGCCACUAUGUAAUUUUAUCCUCGCCGCUUGUCUCUCACUUCACACAGGGCUAAUACCUUUUGCCUCCCCUCUCCUUUGUACCAAUUGGUCGAAGUUCAGCCUAUUGUCGCCACAAGCUUCUUUUAUAUGUGCGCUCAGUCUGAGGCGAGGCUCUCACUCAGCUGCACAGGAGGAUCCCGAGCCGCGCGCCGGCUGCGCUGUCACACAUGUCCGCUGGAGCUCUGCAGCCUUAGGGGCCCCACACUUUGAUGGGACCCGGAGGGCCGCUCGAAUAUCGUCUGAUUCUUUGCAGCAGCUGUUCCCCGCCGACCAUGCCACGAUGCUGAUGUUUCCCCUGCUGCUGUUGGCAAGUCUGCUGGAUCCCGUUUGGCCCCGGGCCCGUUGCUCGCCAGGCCAGAUUUGUGACCCUCGGCAGCGGAGAGACGCCGGGGGCCGCGGGGGAGUGUAUGAGCACCUCGGAGGAGCGCCGAGGCGCAGGAAACUUUACUGCGCCACUAAAUAUCAUUUACAGAUCCAUCCCAGCGGGAGGAUAGAUGGAUCCCUGGAGGAAAACAACCCGUUCAGCAUCAUGGAGAUCACAGCAGUGGACGUGGGUGUGGUGGCCAUAAAAGGGCUUUUUUCAGGCAAAUAUCUGGCCAUGAACGAAAAGGGAAGGCUGUACGCCUCGGAGGUUUUCAACAAAGAAUGUGAGUUUGUGGAGCGUAUCCAUGAGCUGGGGUACAACACAUAUGCAUCACGGCAACACUUCACAGAGCAGCCCCUGCCGCCGGGAACUGGUGGUGGCAACAGCAAGCGGAGAGCCACCGUCAAGAGACAAUGGUACAUUUCCAUCAACGGCAAGGGGCGGCCACGGCGAGGCUUUAAAACGCGGAGCACUGAUAAAGCCUCGCUCUUUUUGCCUCGGGUGCUAGGCAACAAGGACCACGAGAUGGUGAGGAAGCUGAGGGACAUCCAAGGUGCGCAUCAUGGGCAUCAGCAGGGGCGGCGCGGGGGACGCCGCAGACGGCGGCACCGUGCUAGGAAGAGCGGAGGCCAGCAGCCAGAUGACUCCGCAGACUUUUAGAGGAGGGACUUCGUCUCCUAGCGCUCUGCAUCCUCCUGGAUCCAGGAACUGGGCACAUACUGCAGCUGGAGGAGGAUGUGGGAUUAUGGCUUGGAUUCUAAAUUCCCCGACUGCUGGAAUAUUUUGUCGGUGUGCAGAGAUGGAGGAUAAUUCAUUCAAUAAGGAAGAGAGACUCAAAGGCCACCGACUGGAUGCUGGUAUUCUGCCUUUAUCCGUUAUCCGGAGCUUUGGACAACGCCUCCUCUGCUGCACCGUCUGUUAAACUAGAAAUGCAAAUGUUGUGUGAAGAAGCGAGUUAAGAUGCUGUACUGUCCGUCCUGCUCCCCCCGGCUGCCCUGCACGACGGCCCCCCCAGCAGCAUCACAGCUUUAUGUUUGUAAGAAUCAAAGUAAUAUUUUGUUAUUAACUGCUAUUAAUGGUUAUGGAUGCUGAUGGCAGGACUGAACAGGGAGAAGCACUUUUUUGUCUUUUUCACAUUAAGAAGCGAAUGGAGAUCAGUGUGAGACCGGAGCAACUGCAAUGUUCUCCCCAUGUGAUCGUCUACUGUGUAUAAACAGAAAGAAGUACUUUGUAUAUUUUACUAAUGAUAUGAAUAUUUAUUUGUCGUCUAAGUUGUAAGUUAUUGAUGAGACUGUUUCCACAUUUCACCUGCCGCCCGCUUCCAUCAUAAAGAACAUAAUGGUACCGACCCAAAGAGGAAAAAACGAA